CGUUUGAUCAUUACAUAAAGCUGUCUUUUUUAUCUUUAGAUGACGUAAACAAGGAAGAAGAUAAUUGACAUAAUUAUCAAGAACAGCUCACGAUCUUCCAUAUAUUAAGGCACUUGGAUCCCUUCUCUUGAAAAUUCGAUUACUUUCUAUCGUUAAUCUUUGUGAGUUUACGUUUCUGAAAGCUAAAUCGAUAUCAUUUGUGUAAUAGAGAUCAUUAAGAGAGAAGAAUGACAACGUUAGAUUUGACGAGAGCCGAGCUAGCUCUAAUAGUUCUGUACUUGAACAAAGCUGAGGCUAGAGAUAAGAUAUGCAGAGCUAUACAGUACGGUUCCAAAUUCGUGAGCGGUGGUCAGCCUGGUACUGCUCAAAUUGUUGACAAAAACACUAGCUUGGCUAGAAAAGUCUUUCGUCUUUUCAAGUUUGUCAAUGACUUCCACGGUCUUAUUAGCCCUGUGCCUAAAGGGACUCCACUUCCUCUUGCCUUACUCGGGAAGUCCAAGAAUGCUCUCUUGUCUACUUUCUUGUUUCUUGAUCAAAUCGUCUGGCUUGGUAGAUCCGGCAUAUAUAAGAACAAAGAACGAACUGAGUUGCUUGGACGUAUAUCACUUUUCUGUUGGCUUGGAUCAUCUGUCUGUACAACAGCAGUCGAGAUUAGUGAGAUUGGUAGGCUCUCUUCAUCUAUGAAGAAGAUGGAAAAGGAAUUCAAAGGUGAUGAAAAGCAUCAUGAUGAGGUGUAUCGUGCUAAGCUUCAGAAAUCAAACGACAGAACUCUAGCUUUGGUUAAAUCAAGCAUAGACAUUGUUGUAGCUAUUGGUCUGCUUCAGUUAGCCCCAAAGACUGUUACUCCUCGUGUCACUGGCGCUCUCGGUUUUACCACUUCUCUUAUCUCUUGUUAUCAGCUGCUCCCUGCACGUCCCAAGGUCAAGACACCUUGAAGCAUAUGAAGAAGAUGGUUCUCUAGGGCCUGCAGAAUAAUUGUUUCAUAUUCAUAUUUCCAUCUCUGUUUCUCCUUUCAAAGAAUUUGCACUUCCUAUGAUUCUAUGCACGAAUAAUGAUCUCUCUCUUAUAAUACGAUUUCUAUAUGAUAUUUCUUCACAAUUCUUGAUUAGAAAAGUUUGUGUUGUUUAUUA